AUGGAAAACGAAACUCGAUGCGUUGGUGUCAUUGGAACAGGAAACAUGGGGCGAGCAUUAGUUAAACGUCUCAUAUUCUCUGGCUAUCAAGUUCUAAUUGGCAGUAGACAACCAGAUGAUCGUCGAAAAUUACUAAACGAUGAUGUGUAUUUGAAUGAUGUUGAAGUGACAAGUAUAGAUCAAUGCAUUGAGAGAAAUCAAAUCAUAUUUGUUGCAUUACAUAUGGAAUCUUACCAGAGUAUUCUUGUUGUUAAUACCGACAAAUUUCAGGGAAAAAUUCUUGUUGAUGUUUCAAAUCAGACAAAGCUUCAACAAAUCAAUUUAUCAAAUGCUGAAUAUCUUAGCUCAAUUGUUCCACAUGCUUAUGUUAUUAAAGCAUUCAAUACGGUGUCGACGUUCGUGUUGGAAAACGAUGUAGCUGGUGGUUCCAGACGUGUAUUUAUUGCAGGUGAUAAUCAAUUUGCGAGAGAAACAGUUUCUUCUAUAGCUCGAGAUAUGGGUUUUGAACCAGUUAAUAUUGGUGCACUUCGUGCAGCACGAAAAAUUGAAUUAUAUGUGUUGUCCUUAUUUCCGCAGUGGAAAAUGCCUCUGAUCAUUGCAUUCACUGUUUUUACAUUGUGGUUGUUGUACAUUAUCUAUUAUAAUUUCAUCGACCAGAAAAAUUUUGGAUGGCAUCAAAUAUUUAUUUGUGUAUUAAACAAACCAAUGUGUGUUUCUGCCAUUACUCUGCUUUCUCUAACUUAUAUCCCAGGAAGUCUGGCAGCUAUCUAUCAAAUUGUUUCCGGUACUAAAUAUCGGCGAUUUCCCGUUCUUUUAGAUCGUUGGUUAUUAUUACGUAAACAACUUGGUGUUAUCACAUUUUACGUUGCACUCAUUCACUCACUUAUGUCCAUUCUUAUGAUGAGUCCCUCUUAUUAUAAAUCUUGGUUUCGAUCAACAGAAAUUAUAAUACCACAAAAUCUGACGAAAGAUUUACAUUUUUCAAUGAAAACAAUGAUGACUUGGAAAGGAGAAGCAGCGUCCCUUUUCGGUAUUCUCACCAUCAUUACAAUGUCAAUACUUGCUGUGAGUACUGCACCAUCGAUUGGCGACACAUUGAACUGGCGUGAAUGGCGUUUCGUUCAAUCAAAACUUGGCUUUCUAACCUUAGUAUUCGCCGUCUGUCAUGUUUUUAUUAUGGCAACGCCACACUGGAUAACACGUGGUUUCGUGAAAAUUUUCUAUUUUUUCUUUUGGAUAUUUCGUUUACAAGUAUAG